CAGCUAUUAUAUUUUUCCUGUAGAAAUAAAUCAGAAUGAGUUAUGCAGAAAAACCUGAUGAAAUCACAAAAGAUGAAUGGAUGGAAAAGCUCAAUAACUUACACGUCCAGAGAGCAGACAUGAACCGUCUCAUCAUGAACUACCUGGUCACAGAGGGCUUUAAGGAAGCAGCGGAGAAGUUUCGGAUGGAAUCUGGGAUCGAACCUAGCGUGGAUCUGGAAACGCUUGAUGAACGAAUCAAGAUUCGGGAGAUGAUACUGAAGGGUCAGAUUCAGGAGGCCAUUGCACUGAUCAACAGCCUUCACCCGGAACUCUUGGACACAAACCGCUAUCUUUACUUCCAUUUGCAGCAACAGCAUCUGAUCGAGCUGAUCCGCCAGCGGGAGACAGAGGCGGCACUGGAGUUCGCGCAGACGCAGCUGGCGGAGCAGGGUGAGGAGAGCAGGGAGUGCCUCACAGAGAUGGAGCGUACGCUGGCGCUGCUGGCCUUCGACAGCCCCGAGGAGUCACCCUUUGGAGACCUGCUUCACAUGAUGCAGCGGCAGAAGGUGUGGAGUGAAGUUAACCAGGCUGUCCUAGAUUAUGAAAAUCGUGAGUCGACACCCAAACUGGCCAAGUUGCUAAAACUACUACUGUGGGCUCAGAAUGAGCUGGACCAGAAGAAAGUAAAAUACCCCAAAAUGACAGACCUGAGCAAGGGUAUGAUCGAGGAGCCCAAGUAGUGCCCGUGCAUUUGUGCCCCGCACCCCCUGCGGCUAGGAUGUCCUCAAACCAGUCUGUGGCUAGGAGAUAUUGACCGCAGGAGAGAACUCUUUUCCCCCUGUCCUUUUCUUUUGACCUGGCAUCUUUUUUAAAGGGAAAAAUGGCCUUCUUAGGCGCUGGAAAACUCACAAGGAAAGAUGCUGUGUCUCUGGCAGUCUGAUGCAGACUCUGUGCCCGCAACCUUCUGAAGACCUGAUGUGCUGCUGGUGCGCUUGGGGUCUGACCCCAGAGGAUCUGGCCUGCGUGGAGGGGCUGCGCCUUCAGGGGCAUCCUGUUCCCCAAGUGUAGAGGGUGCAGAUCGCACUUCUGCGCUCUCAACUCAUGGGCAGACAGCAGCCACAGACAGCGGCCUUCCUGCUUCCCAAGUCUCAUCAGGCCGCACCUGCAGGUGUCCUCACUCCCUUGGUUUCUUGUUUUUUCAUAGGAAAGAAUAUAUAAAUUUGUAAAUCCUAAUUCAAAGAUAACUUGUGUGAGAGGGUGUCGCGUUUGAUUUGUUUUCCUGGUAGUCUGGGUCGAGUGGCUUUUGGGGAGAUAGAUGUGCGUGAGAGGGGCAGGCCUGCCUGUUUUUUAAUUUUUUAAAUAUAUAUUUUGGUGCUGUAUGUGGUGAGUGACUCGUUCGUACUGGAUCAUUGAACCAUCUCUUCUAGGCAGUUUUGUUGAAAAUAAAGGUUUCUCUUUAAUUUCAAGAAUGA